CGAGCGAGUCAUCCGUGAAAGUCGAGCAGAAAACCAAGGAAGGCUCAAAGACUUCGGUAACAAGUUGGAGAGAAUUAAUAUAUAUAUUAAUUUAAGUAUGGCUACAGCGGAGCCUGAAAAAGAAGCUACCCCAGAGCCAAAUCCAGAACCUUUACCUGAGUGGGAAACAGCAUUUAAAGAGUGGAAUUCGUGGUGGGAGAUUCAUAACUUUGGCUUUGGAUGUGCCUUUGUGAUUCUGGCAUUAUUUUCUCUGUUUUGUCUUGUUAGACUCAGAAGUCUCCAGAAGCUAACUUUAGGACGAUAUUUUGCUGCUGUGAGUGGUUUGCUGUUGGUUUUUACUACAUCAAGGGCAUUAUAUCUAUUACUAGAUCCAUAUGAAGGACACAAAUACCUCGUGCUGCCAGUUGUUGUCGUUCGCGUCAUCUUCGCUCUUGGCUACCCAUGUCUAACAUCAGUGUUCUCUCUCAUAAACUUUGCCUUCGUAGAAGUCAACAGCUUGAAAGGCAUAUUGAAAAAACUUCAAAAUAUAAAGUUCCUAUCCGUGGUAAUAGUUGGACAUUUUCUAUUGGUGUUGAUAAUCUAUCUUACAGUGACUUUUUCUCCUCCGUUGGCAAACUUGUUUAUCAUUUGUCAGUCAAUUCUUAUCCUUUGGUGGUUGGCUCUCGUUACUUGCUUUCUUUAUUGCGCAGGGCUUGUGUUUUGGGACCAAAAGCUCAAAAUCAAAUACUUCAACAGCGAUUCUAAAACUUAUGAGCUUUCUGACGUCGUGAAAACAGGAAAGCCAAGUCGAAGUGAUCCCGAAUCACAAAAUGUUGAAAAAAGCAAAGGAGCUCGUAAGAUAGUUAGGAUUUCUUGUGCAGUUGCAAUCGCUGGGCUCAUUUCUGUUGUCUUAGAGUUCUACUCCCUUUUUGGAGUUUAUAAACUGUAUUCUUUGGACGAGAAGUUUGUAAAACCCUGGCCAUGGUGGUCUUAUCAGACAGCAAGCCGUACUAUAGAAAUAUGUCUGUGUUGUAUUGUGGCCUAUAUUGUUUAUCCUACGCUAAAAGGACGUCAGACUGAUGCUACGAACAACACUAAUACUAAAACAACAAAUGGAACUAGGAAAUGACUAGAUGUUUUUCAGUAAUAUUGAACCGUACUUAAACUACAGUGUUUGAACAAUGCCUUUUUUUGUUCUGAAGCUGCCAGUAAUUAUUAGGUUUGUAUCCGACAAAAACUAUUGAAAUCUAGCUGCUCUCAGGGAUUAAUGCUCUAUGAAAGCAUAAAGAGAAACUAGCUGCACUUUAAAAUUUACUUGUAUUGAAAACAAUAUUAAUGUUUAUGCAAAAAUUCAAAUCUAAAUAACAAUUAUUCGUAUAUAUAUUACCGUACUUAUCACGAUAACAGAUAAAGAUGUCUCUAAGUGCGCCGGCAUUUGGGAAACAUUAUUAAUUUAUACUCUUUGUAAAAAUUAUUCAAUUAUACUUCGCGCCCCUCCAAAGGAAAUUAAUCUACAUUGAGUGUUCAGUGUAUACAGGCAUCGUAUCCAAAAAUGACGAAACAUGUACAGUUUGUAGAACUAUUAUUCUGGACUGGCAUUCCGGCAGAUGCACAAGCGCUUUCACAUGUAUGAGGGGCUAGUAUAUAUAGACAUGGCAGAAAAAGCGGUUUUUGCUUUUGUAAACACAUUAUUUUAGAGCCAAAUAGCAAAAUAUCAAAUGCGACCAUAAUUUAUUGAAUGCGUAUUUGAGAUAUAAAGCCGUGUACUUUGGGAGAGGUGAUAUUUUGAUCAGCAAGAAAAACUGACAUUUUCGUGAACACUAAUAAGUAGAGUUACUCUAAUUCAACAAAAUUUCGUCACAAGUUUCGAGCAGCAUUAAAAUUACUAAAUUACUAACGUUCUAAUAUCGUAUGACAACGUUCUUGCAAGUAGGUGUAUAUAUGUGUAAAGUGAAGAAAUUACACGACCAUAAUUCGUUCUCUACAGAACUGUUUGCGUGAGUCAGACUCACUCGUCAGCAGAUUUUAAUGUUUGAAUUUUACAAAACAUUCACUUUAUAUAGCUAUUUACAUAUAUUAUGUAAGUACGUUCAUUUUUUACGCAACAAUGCUUUUUUUCUAUGUAUGCCUACACGAAGAAAUGAGUUCGUUUCUUUUGUUCAGCGAGCAGCUUUCCGGUUGACAAAUGAUCGUGUAUACAUGAAUAUAUAUAUAUAUAUAUAUAAAUUAGAUGUAGCUUUCGAAGCUAGAUGUAGAUGUUUGUAACUUGAAGUGGGCGAUUUUUCCCCCCUCGGCAUCCGUCAUGGAAAACACUUCAUGGAUUGGUUUCCAUCCAAUAAAACCCCCAAUACUUUUGUAAGACAAAUAAGAUACUGUAUUCAUAAUAACAAUAUGGAAAAAAAUACAAUAAUAAUAAAGGAAUAAAUAGCCUAAUGUUUCAAGAACUGAUUUUUAAAAA